AUGCCAUGUGCAAGUGCCCAACCUUGGUCUGUAGACUAUGGGAUGAAACUUUCAUCUCUGAUGUCUGCACCCAAGAUAAAUAAUGUUCCUACCAUGGAUGCACUCACCGAAAGGGAACUCGAUGGUUUGAUUUUACAGGAACCUGAUGGGCACCUCAGCCAUGUACUUUCCUUGAUAUUCAAAACCUUUAGCACUACAAUUCCUCUUGCAAAUUCACUUACUGUUCCUUUAAAUACCAAAACUCCACUUUACCUUCAUAAUUUCAGGAAAAAACAAAAUCCCACCAACAAGGGUGAAACCGAGUCAGUGUCACUGUAUGAUACUGUGAAUCACUGUUGGAACUGGGCACUUCCCACACAUGAGCGGCAUGCUAGCAAGUCACCUGACAAAAGUAGGCAGGAUCUCAGAGAGGAUGAGGAGGAUGAUGAAGAGGACGAAGAACAGGACUUGGAAGAAGAAGGGAAUGAUGGCAGGGAUGAAGCAGUUGGCAUAGACUCUGAUGACUCACUGGCAGACCUGCCUGAUGUCAGCGCAGCACCGCCGCUGCUGGGACCAAUAUCAUCAUCAUCAAUCAGUGAUGAGAUGAGCUUUGCAUGGUUCUUCAAUACUGUGGCCAUUGCCCUCACUGCAGCAAAUGAAAAGCUCACCCAGUUCAAUCCCAGUGGAGUGAUAUGGACAUGGAGCGGUGCGAACUCCAUGCGCCCAGUCAAGGACAACGAAAUCAAGCCCAAACCCGAUUUAGCCUUACUAGAUGACAUGGAGGCUAGGUGGGAUAUGAUCAAGGCAGUGUGUGAGUUGACAUCCCAAAAGUACCAUCCUACCACUACUAUUGCUAAGACUAUCGAUAGCAAGGCAUACCUUCUUUUAAGGCACCAGCCCUGGAGACACUUCAUUUUGCUCCUCUCAGAUCUGGACAGAUUCUUGCAUACCUUCUCAUGCAUCAUUUUCGGUGGCCUCAAGUGCAUUGGGUAUGAUCCAACCAUCAGUAUCUUUACUAAGACGCUUCAGCCUGGCCAGCUCCACCAAUCCUCCACCUUCACUCAUCCUACCACUGGAACUGCCAAAUACGAUCUUAAACAACCGAAUGAGAGUGCACCUGUCAUCCUUGAGAGUGGUGCUUUGGCAGAUGAUCCCAUAUCUGAACCAGAGGGUCCUGAGCCAUCACUUCUGACCAAACAUCCCCUGCCUGAAGAUCAUGAAGAUCAUGAAGAUAUUGAAGAUAUUGAAGAUCCUGAAAACCCUCUCCCAGAAGAACUCCUCCCUGAAGACCUCCUCCUCCAGGAAGGUCUUCCUACACCCCUUCCUGCAGAUCUCCUCCUCGCGCCUCUUCCAGAGCUGAUUGGAAAAAUUCGAGUCAACCAUAACUACUACAAUAUCCUGGAAGUCAUGUUCUCUAGCCAAGGGCUUGUCAGUCAUGGCACUGUGUGCUACUUGACAAGGAGGGGCAAGGAGGAAUACAUAAUAAAAGAUCAUUGGGUUUUAGGGAGUAAGGAGGACAUGUUGAAUGAGGUCACCAUGUUGAAUGAGAUGAAGGGGGUUCGUGGCAUACCCGAACUUGUUGAGCACUGGCUCAUUGAGAUCGCAUCUGGAGAGGUCGAUGAAACAGAGAAAUAUUGCUAUAAAACACUGGAGAGUAUAGAAGAGUUAGUGAGUGUGAUCUGGGAUAUCAUCACCAUUCAAAAGAUAGCGGUCAAAGAGCAAGGUAUUCUGCAUCGAGAUUGCAGCCUUAACAACUCUAUGAUCAAGGACGAUGGUAAUGGCUCCCAUGGCACAUUGAUAGACUGGGAAUUUGCUGUGCGUAUUCUUCAGAGCAAUUGCUACCCUAUCAGUGGUAUGGGCACAGUACUGUUCAUGUCGCGGAAGCUUCUUCACCAGCUCUCGGAUGUCAUUCCUCUGGUGUCUGUGCAGAAGAAAACUCGAAAGAAAGCUUCACAUUCGAGACUGCAACAGGCUACAUUGAUCAAACACACUUUUUCUGAUAAUCUUGAAUCCCUCUUUUACGUCUUUGCCUGGAUCUGCAUUGAAUUCAGGGGUCCCCUCAGGAUGAAAUGGGUCCUCAAGUCUAGGGGCAAUAGGAUCAAAUGGCUACCAUGCACAUGGUCUGCCAACUCUUACGUGGAGUGUGACCAAGCUAAGACAGGGUUCUUUUUCCACUCAGAGGAUUUGGAGAAGCUUGAAAAGCAGAUUCAUCCCUACUUCAAGAAUCUUAUUCCUCUCACAAAAGAAUGGUAUGGGCUGAUGAGGAACAACAGCAACCCAGAUUCAGUACCCUUUGAUGCUGUGCUUGAGAUGUUGAAUAGACAUCUCACAGAGCUUCCAAAGGAUGAACCAUCCCCUGAGUUAUUGUUUGCCAAAACAAUCCUCAAGCAAAAACAGCCAACUGGAGAUGCUCCUGAUUCCGCAGGUGCAGUAGAUCCAGGAGUCACUAGGUUACCUAAUGACAUGACUGGGCACAUGGGGCCAGCUGUAGGCAACAUGACGAUGGAAGCUGCAGUACCCAUCAGGCCGUCAAAGUGGAACAAAACCUGA